AUGUCUUCAAAUAAACACCUUUUUGUGUUGAUUCACGGGCUAUGGGGCAAUUACACUCAUAUGGAGUCUAUGAGAACAAUUCUUUCCGCUACAUUGAAGAAGGAAGAUAUUAAAGAUGACAUGAUAUACUUUUUACCCAAAGAGAACGCCAUGUUCAAGACUUUUGAUGGUAUCGAAAUCAUUGGGUACAGGACACUGAUUGAAGUUUGUGAAUUUAUUCGGGACUAUAAAGACGGAAAAGUUACUAAAAUAAGCGUAAUGGGAUAUUCACAAGGUGGUUUGGUGGCCCGAUUUAUGAUUGGUAAGAUGUUGACUGAGUUUAAGGAAUUAUUCGAGGAUAUUGAGCCACAGUUGUUUAUUACAAUAGCAACACCACACUUGGGGGUAGAGUUUUACAAUCCUAUGGGCAUAGCAUAUAAAAAUGUGCUGUAUGGUGCAUUGAGGGCCCUUGGUUCUACUAUUUUGGGUAAGAGUGGAAGAGAAAUGUUCAUCAAAAAUUCUAGUAACGAUAUAUUGGUGAAACUGAGUCAGGGCGAGUAUCUUGAAGCACUCUCGCUAUUCAAGUGGAGGGUAGCCUUCGCGAAUGUUAAAAAUGAUCGUACGGUAGCCUUUUACACAGCAUUUAUCACAGAUUGUGAUCCAUUUAUAGAUUUCGACAAUAAAUUGAAAUACACCUUCGAAGAAAAAAUCCCGGGAUCUGAUUAUAGAGGUGUAUUACCAAGAAUUGUUGACCUGAAUGCUUUAAACAUCAACUUCCAUGCUCCCAUUAAACCAAUCAAAAGUUAUAAAAAGUGGGGACGCACCAUUCUUUUGAUAUUAGCUGCAACAUUUCUGAUUUUCCCGAUAGCCCUGGUCAUGAAUGGACUAGGAACCGCUUAUAGUUAUGUUGUUACUUGUAAGUAUCGUAAGAUGCUUUCGAAUGGCCUGCUUCAUAAUGAGGUUAGGGGAAAACUAGGACUGACGGAGCAAAUAAAGGGCUAUGUUACAGAUGCCUAUGGUUCUAUUAUUAAUUCGGCUUUGGACAUGGAUGAAAAUUAUGAGGCAAGUAACACAAGCCUCGUAAACGAAGAAGAGCUCCCCUGGAAGGAAUUCAUCCAAAAGUAUUCCACUAUAAAUGAUGGUGUCUGGAAAUCCAAUUUUAAAAAGUUACCUUUUGAUGAGAAUCGAAAAACCAUCCUAAAUAAUUUGAAUAGGUUGAAAUGGAUUAGAGUUCCAAUUUACAUCAAGGCCGUCAAUGCACAUGGCGUGAUUGUGGCUCGUAGAGGACUAGAUGAGAAUACAGCAGCUACUGGUAUAGCAUGUGUGGAAUUUACGGGGCAAUUAUUAGCAUAUUUGAUGCAAAAGACCAAUUAA